AUGUCAGAUAGCUCCUCUGAUGAAGAUUAUAGAAAGUUUAAUAGGAAAGCAAAGAAGUCUUCAGUGCGUACCAACGUUUAAGAUCUAGAAUCCAAUCGAUUUGCUUAAGAAUUCGCACAGAGAUUGUUGCGAGAGAGAGGAUUUGACAUAACAGAGGAAGAAAUGGGAUUCAAGAAACAAAAUACUAAACAAGUGAAGGCCACAACUUAUGUGCAUAGUAUUGAUUAGGCGACAUUAAAGGAACUGCAAAAGGAAUUUAAUAAAUGCGAGAAUAUUGGUCAAAUUUGCACUAUCCUCAAAGCUUUAAGUAAUCACAAAGAAGCCACACCUUAGUAAUAAUUACAGUAUAAGGUACAGAGGAGCGAUUUCUUAAUCAAAAAUAGAAUGUAUGAGGAGGCUAAGACAGAGUGUUUUGAAUUAUUAGAAAAGGAAUUAGCAACAUUGGAGAAAGUGAAGGUGUUGUUAUCAUUAUGCAAGGCAUAGUUAGAGACAAAUGAAACCUAUAAUGGAUGUAUGUAAGCGUUGAGAUUAAAAAGCUAUGCUGAAACAGUUAAAUUAAUGCCAUCCUUUAAUCUUGGCAUUUAUGAUCUCACACCAGAGUAAAUUUACAAACAGAUAGAUGAAAUCUAUUAAAAUACUAUAUUUAAGAUCUAGAGAGAUAACAAAAAGGUGAUAUCUCUUUUAGGUGUCUAAGGUAAUAGUGCCACUGGAUGUUUGGGUUAAGGAGAUUUAACAUAAUGCAGUGAGUUAACUCAAUAUUAAAUGUUCAAAAACAGGAAAAUAUUAUCAGUUGGAUGUGGAGAGCAUCAUGUCUUAGUUUUAAUUAGUGGAUGUUCUUGUAUCAAUCCCUAUUAAGUCAGUUAAUGCAAAGGAGAAAAAUGUAAUAAUGGUAAUGAAGUUUUUGGUUGGGGAGAGAAUUUCUUAGGUCAAGUAACUAUGAACGAAUAAGAUGGCAAUUUUAUUAGUGUUCCUUAUAAUAUUAGUUAGUUAAGCAAUAAGAACAUUAUUGGAGUUUAAGCAUACAAAAGCACUUCAAUUGCAUGGGAUUCAGAAGGUCGCAUUUAUUAAUGGGGAGCUAAGCACCCACUCAAAAUAGAUCCUAUUGCUGAUAUUCAAUAGAUAAUUUUAGGAUUCAAAUAUGGAGCUAUCCUUGCUAGAAAGUCAUUGUUCAUCAUGGGAGAACUAGAUUAAAACAUUAAAUAUCCUAAACUAACUAAAUUAGCUGAUAAUAUUGACUAAAUUGCAGGUGGAGACAAUCAUUUAUUAUCGCUCAAUUCGUAAGGUGAAGUGUGGGGGAUUGGAUAAAAUAAAUUUCAUCAAUUAGGAGAGAAUAACCAUUAGCAAUAUUCGUAGGUCUAAGAUGAAGAGUGUUUUUAUAUUAAUGCGAAUGAAAAUGCUAGCAUUUUUGUUACUUCUGAUGGAGAAGUCUUGUAUUGCGGGUAAGUAAGCAAGGAAAAAGUUAUUGAUUACCCAAAAACACUAUAAAUUGAUGAAGAUGUUCAAAUCAUCUAAGCUUGUAUAUAUGAAGGAGUUAUUUACGCGUUGAAUUUGCAAGGAAAGAUAUUUAAAUGGGAUAUUGACAAAGAACCAAAAUCUAAGUUGUACUUCUCUGCCCCAGUAAGACAACUCCACCUGUGUAGGGGAAUAAGGCUUUGUGAAUCGACUGUUCUAUAAGGAGAAUGGUGUAGAUUAGAGUUAGAAGACGAAGAUCAAGAAGAGUUUGAAACCUUUUCUGAUAUUAAUCUUAUUGUCAAUCUAGGAGAUAAAUAUGGACCUUAUGGUAUUAAAUAAAAUCAUCCAAUCAGAUAUAACAUUUAUGUUACUGAUGGUUCUGAUAUGACUACUGAAUAAUUAUUACAUAAAAAUCAAGUUGUUUCUAUGAGCAAGAUAUAGUCAUAAUAGGAAAAUAAGACUUACCUUAAUUUCAUGAACGAUGGCUACAAAGCUGAAAUUAAGGAGAUUGAAGAACCUUCUAAACAUAAGCUAGUUUUAUAAGUUAACAAACCAGGAAAUUAUUAAGUAUAUUUAUAUCUGAAUGAACUAUUACUUAUUGAUUGUCCUUUGAAUCUCAAUUUAGUGGCUGGAAGUAGAUAAGAAGAGUUGAUGCAAGCAGAAGAAUUAAAGAAAUAACAAUAACAAGCAGAAUUGUAAAGGAAACAAACUUUGUUAAUAAAAAAAUAAUAGGAGGAAGAAGAGAGACAGAGAUUGUUGAAUGAAUAAUAAUAAGACCUAUUGUAAAGAUAAUAAGAGACAAAGAAAAGAGCAGAUGAAAAAUUAUAAUAAUAUCAAUUAAAAAUGUAGGAGGAAAAAAGAUUAAAAGAAGAGGAAAGACUAUUAAAGAAAGAUUUAUUAACAGGAGGUGGUUUUGAUUUAAAUAAGGUCAAAUAAUAGUAAUAAUAAUAAUAAUAAUAAUAAGAAUUAAAUUAAAUUAAUAAUCCACCUAAAAAAAUUAUUAAAUAAGCUAAUAAUGCUCUAACCUAAAAAGUUAAACAAUAAAUGCAAAACUUAUAAUAAGAAAGAUAAUAGUUAUAAUAAUUAAAUAAUCAAUAGUAAUAACCAAAACAAUAAAAUAAACCUUAAUCAUAACCUCCUAAAUUAAAUCCUGUCAAAGCCACUCCAAAAGCACUUCAAAGCAUUUAAUCUACUAAAACUACUGAUAAAGCAUUCUCCACUUAAGAAACCUUCAAAGAGCUUCACUAGACUGGGUAAUUUAGAAAAACAGAUACUUAAUUACAGAAAAUAUAAUAGGAACUCCAAUAGGAAUUUUAACAGUUGAAAAGAUAGGAAACAAAUAAAUAUAAAAGAUGA